AUGUCCUCUACCCCGCCAACAAGUGUACUCCCACCUAAGACAUGGACACGAGAUACCAACCGCGAAUUCUUCAUCUCAACCGAUCCAAAGUUACUCUCUGUCAAAGCAGUCAAUGCCGCACUCAACAGAGACUUCAUUUACUGGGUCAACGAGCCCAUCCCAGAGAAGGUGCUGUGGCAGAUGCUCUACGGCUCCUUGUGCUUCGGCGUGUACAGGUGGACCCAACCUGUGAAUGAUGCUACCACCCCAUCUCCGGAGAACACUGAGCAGAUUGGGCUUUCUCAUACCAUCACAGAUGGUUGUACAUUUGCUUAUCUGUCGGAUACUUACGUUCUCCCUGAGUACCAAGGCCAAGGACUUGGGAAAUGGCUUAUCGGUUGUGUUGCGGAAACAUUUUCCAAGGAAAACAUGCCUUAUCUACGUCGGAUUAUGUUGAUGACGGAUGAUGAGCGCACGCAGGCUUUCUACGCGAAUAUUCUUGGUGUGAAAGUCAUUGGGCAUGAAGAACGAAAGGACAUGGGGAGGGAUUUGGUGUUUAUGUGUGCGAGACCGGGGGUAUCGGAUUGA